AUGGACAAGUGGAUCCAGUCCUUCACCCAGUCUCUCAUCCAGUUCUUCAAGGCUGAGAUGGAUGGUGAGCUUCACAAAGCCACACACACACACACACACGUACUACACACACACAGUGGAUCCUAGGGGUGUAACUGUACACAUUCAUACGGGGACAUCGGUUCGGUCCGCACUGUGAACCCGAAUGAAUACCUACACAAACAAAUGCAAUCCUAUAGGCUAGGCUAGGCUAGGCUGCAUGCCUCUUGAGGAAAUCUGAGCUGAGAAAAAUGUUUCAGGCUAUUAGAGCCUAAUGCACACGUUGUAAUACAAAUUAUACUCUUAAUUGGAGGAUUCCUCCAUCAUCGUGCUCCCGUGAAGGGGCAAUGGCACGGGAAUGCCCCCGUGAAGAGGCAAUGGCACGGGAAUAUGCCCCCUGUGAAGAGGCAAUGGCGCGGGAAUGCCCCCCGUGAAGAGGCAAUGGCGCGGGAAUGCCCCCCGUGAAGAGGCAAUGGCGCGGGAAUGCCCCCCGUGAAGAGGCAAUGGCGAGGCAAUGGCACGGGAAUGCCCCCCGUGAAGAGGCAAUGGCGCGGGAAUGCCCCCCGUGAAGAGGCAAUGGCGCGGGAAUGCCCCCCGUGAAGAGGCAAUGGCGCGGGAAUGCCCCCCGUGAAGAGGCAAUGGCGCGGGAAUGCCCCCCGUGAAGAGGCAAUGGCGCGGGAAUGCCCCCCGUGAAGAGGCAAUGACGCGGGAAUGCCCCCCGUGAAGAGGCAAUGGCGCGGGAAUGCCCCCCGUGAAGAGGCAAUGGCGAGGCAAUGGCGCGGGAAUGCCCCCCGUGAAGAGGCAAUGGCGCGGGAAUGCCCCCCCGUGAAGAGGCAUUGGCGCGGGAAUGCUCCAGUUUGUGUGCGCCUACCACUUUGUGUAGCCGUUAGCGAUGAUGCUAAUGAUAACCUUCUUCUGGUAGAUGGAAAGGCUUUCCCAAAAACCUUGAUUUAAGGUUAACUAGGAAAUUGACGCGAUGUGUUAUUUUUUUUGUGUCCAAGGAUAAUAUUUUAUUUUAAAAUACAAUGAAUACAAAAAAAUCUUCUACACAGCGCAUUUCUACAUGGUCUCUUCCAUUUGACAAAUAUCUAUCGUCUGUCAUGACGGAAUCAUUUUCAUGUCGCUAAACCUAUUAAAUUGGUGAAUAUAAAAAAUAAAUUUUAUGUUAUUAAAGAUUUAAGGUGCAUAUGCAAAUUUUUUCUAAAAACAUUACCUCAUGACAACCUUUGUUGUCUGUUUUCAGUCCCUAGACUGAUGAUGUGAGCAGAAGAGAGGACUAGAACUUGCUGUGACAGAUUUACUGAGAGGCAGUUUAGGAGAAUUUAGAAACACAUUAUCCAUUUCGAUAGCUGGGUGCUUAUUAGCUAUACCAUUUUACAGGUUACUGUGGAUAAAAUGACUCUUUAAAAUAUUAUUUGUCAAUUGCCUAACUACAAAGUAGUCAGUGCAUACCUGGCAGAAUUAUUUGAUUUUGCGUGUGUGAUUUUCAGAGCAAAAAAAAAUGAAAAACUGGGAAUAAUCUGAAACCUGGAAAAACUAAACGGAGAAACGAAAUUUGGGGAAAAAACUCAAUUAUUAACAAAUAUUGUAAAGCCCUACAUUAUAUGGCUCAUGAUCUAUUCCUGGGUUGGUUUAAUAUAUUUUGCCAAAACAGAAAUGAACUACAGUAAGUAUCGGCAUUUCAUUUUCCAGCUGUACCGAGGUCAAACAGAACCGUGACCCCAAAACCGCAAUACUUACCGAACCGUGGAUUUGGUAAAAUGUUUCACCCCUGGUGGAUCCAGUCAUUCACCAAGUCUCACAUCCAGUUCUUCAAGGCUGAGCUGGAUGGUUGGUACAAUAACAACACAGUGGCGCAGUGGUCUAAGGCACUGCAUCGCAGUGCUAGCUGUGCCACUAGAGAUCCUGGUUCGAAUCCAGGCUCUGUCGUAGCCGGCCACGACCGGGAGACCCAUGGGGCGGCGCGCAAUUGGCCCAGCGUUGUCCAGGGUAGGGGAGGGAAUGGCCGGCAGGGAUGUAGCUCAGUUGGUAGAGCAUGGCGUUUGCAACGCCAGGGUUGUGGGUUCGAUUCCCACAGGGGGUAUGAAAAAUAAUAAUGUAUGCACUAAACUGUAAGUCGCUCUGGAUAAGAGCGUCUGCUAAAUGACGUAAAUGUAAAUGUAAUGUAAAUGAAUACAUCAUUCUUUCAAUGCGUCAAUGCUGACCACAUGACCCCCCCCCCCCCCCCCCCCCCCCCCCAGUUCACUACACAAGUCUCUGGUACUGUUAUGGGUCUGUCAUUAUAGAGACAACCUUUCCGGCCACUCCCUCUCCUCCAGACGUGAGUUGUAAUCAGAGUGUCUCCUUGCAGCGUACAGGCUGUACACGGUGGUGCCAAAGCUUGUCAAGUUUGUGGACAUGCUCACCAACUGGUACGUGAGGACGAACCGCAGACGUCUCAAGGUGAGUUCACCCUCAAACACUGAUGCAGUCAAAUGUGUUAAAGAUACAGUAACCGCUAUAACACUGUUUCUCUGUUGACUAAUGCUAUACUGAGUGAAGGAAUGUGAAUUGAAGUGAGAUGGUCACCAGGGGACUGUCUGGGUAAAGAUCUGUUGUGACAUGGUGGCACAGAAAACAUGUUUAGGGUGUGUAGUGAAUGGAUGGAGCAUGUUUAGGGUGUGUAGUGAAUGGAUGGAGCAUGUUAGGGUGUGUAGUGAAUGGAUGGAGCAUGUUAGGGUGUGUAGUGAAUGGAUGGAGCAUGUUUAGGGUGUUUAGUGAAUGGAUGGAGCAUGUUAGGGUGUGUAGUGAAUGGAUGGAGCAUGUUAGGGUGUGUAGUGAAUGAAUGGAUGGAGCAUGUUAGGGUGUGUAGUGAAUGGAUGGAGCAUGUUACGGUGUGUAGUGAAUGGAUGGAGCAUGUUAGGGUGUGUAGUGAAUGGAUGGAACAUGUUUAGGGUGUGUAGUGAAUGGAUGGAGCAUGUUAGGGUGUGUAGUGAAUGGAUGGAGCAUGUUAGGGUGUGUAGUGAAUGGAUGGAGCAUGUUAGGGUGUGUAGUGAAUGGAUGGAGCAUGUUAGGGUGUGUAGUGAAUGGAUGGAGCAUGUUAGGGUGUGUAGUGAAUGGAUGGAGCAUGUUAGGGUGUGUAGUGAAUGGAUGGAGCAUGUUAGGGUGUGUAGUGAAUGGAUGGAGCAUGUUAGGGUGUGUAGUGAAUGGAUGGAGCAUGUUAGGGUGUGUAGUGAAUGGAUGGAGCAUGUUAGGGUGUGUAGUGAAUGGAUGGAGCAUGUUAGGGUGUGUAGUGAAUGGAUGGAGCAUGUUAGGGUGUGUUGAAUGGUAGGUGCGUGUGGCCAGUUUGAAUAUGGCAGUAGUAGCUGCUGCCUGGAGGAGGAGGACGAGGAGGAGGAGGAGGAAGAUGAUGAUUGUAACUGUGUAUCGUAACCCUACAGGGAGAGAGUGGAACAGAGGACUGUCUGUGGGCUCUGGAGAAUCUCUUCAGUGUUCUGUUCUCCAUGUGCAGACUGAUGGUGAGUGACACAGCACUGUUUGUGUGUGUGUAUGUGUAAAGUGCAUGAUGUUUAACCUGGCUGAACUCUGUUCUGCUCAAUGACAUCUGCUUCCAUUGAAAAUAGUGUAUUGAGGGCCACAUUUUCUCUUCACCAAAACAGCUGCGCUUGGAAGGAAUGCACCGGCGCAUUCUUAUUUAUUUUUCUUCGUUUUUGUUGUAAUCUUUCCCCACUUUUUCUCCCCAAUUUCAUGAUUACGAUCUUGUCUCAUCGCUUCAACACCCCAACGGGCUCGGGAGAGUCCUCCGAAACAUGACCCGCCAAACCUCGCUUCUUAACACCUGCUCACUUAACCCGGGAAGCCAGCUGCACCAAUGUGUCAGCCUGCAGGCGCCCGGCCCGCCACAAGGAGUCGCUAGAGCGCGAUGAGCCAAGUAAAGCCCCCCCGGCCAAACCCUCCCCUAACCCGGAAGACGCUGGGCCAAUUGUGCGCCGCCCUAUGUCACGGCCGGUAUUGACACAGCCUGGGGUUCGUAGAAGAAGUAACAGCAGUAACAGCAGUAGUAGUAGUAGUAGUAGUAGUAGUAGUAGUAGUAGUAGUGGUAGUAGUGGUAGUAGUAGUAAUAAUAAUAAUAAUAUGCCAUUUAGCAGACGCUUUUAUCCAAAGCGACUUACAGUCAUGCAUGCAUAAAUUUUUUUUUGUGUAUGGGUGGUCCCGGGGAUCGAACCCACUACCUUGGCGUUACAAGCGCCGUGCUCUACCAGCUGAGCUACAGAGGACCACAGUAGUAGCAGCAGUAGUAGUAGUAGUAGCAGCAGCCGCUGCGAUGCUGUUCCUUAGACCGCCGCGAUGCUGUUCCUUAGACCGCCGCGAUGCUGUUCCUUAGACCGCCGCGAUGCUGUUCCUUAGACCGCCGCGAUGCUGUUCCUUAGACCGCCGCGAUGCUGUUCCUUAGACCGCCGCGAUGCUGUUCCUUAGACCGCUGCGAUGCUGUUCCUUAGACCGCUGCGAUGCUGUUCCUUAGACCGCUGCGAUGCUGUUCCUUAGACCGCUGCGAUGCUGUUCCUUAGACCGCUGCGAUGCUGUUCCUUAGACCGCUGCGAUGCUGUUCCUUAGACCGCUGCGAUGCUGUUCCUUAGACCGCUGCGAUGCUGUUCCUUAGACCGCUGCGAUGCUGUUUCCUUAGACCGCUGCGAUGCUGUUCCUUAGACCGCUGCGAUGCUGUUCCUUAGACCGCUGCGAUGCUGUUCCUUAGACCGCUGCGAUGCUGUUCCUUAGACCGCCGCGAUGCUGUUCCUUAGACCGCCGCGAUGCUGUUCCUUAGACCGCCGCGAUGCUGUUCCUUAGACCGCCGCGAUGCUGUUCCUUAGACCGCCGCGAUGCUGUUCCUUAGACCGCCGCGAUGCUGUUCCUUAGACCGCCGCGAUGCUGUUCCUUAGACCGCCGCGAUGCUGUGCGGUACCUCUUAUCACGCAAGGUAACUCAAUCUCUGGUUAAACUAAAGUUCCUCCUCGCAGAAAUUGUUAAAGAAAAGUUAGAACAGAUCUGCGCUGCAGAUGAUCAUUUUUACUUAAACUGCAUUAGUUCACAACGCAGGUGUCUUUGCAUGAGGACAAUGUCUCCCUGAGUUGGAAUGGUAAGAUAGUUGUAGUCUACUUUUCUGUCCUCCUCCCCACUAGUAAAGCAUUAUAGUAUCAUUGUCUUUCUCUAACUGCUCUCUCUCCUUCCUUCUAGGCUCCCUUCACCCCCUUUAUUACGGAGAUGAUGUACCAGAACCUGCGUCACCUGAUUGACCCUGCCUCUGUUGAGGAGAAGGACUCCAGCAGCAUACACUACCUCAUGCUGCCACUAGUC